AUGAAUAACCAACGGGAUAUAGACUUGGCGCCUUUGUCAAGCUCCAACAACGUAGAGAAUGGCGAUUCUCAACGAGGUGCUUUUUCUUGUUCUCCUCCAUCCUCGGAGGACUCUCCCAUCCGUCAUCUUCUCAAACAUCAUCAACGAUUCUUGACAGAUGCUCACGCGCCUACCUUCGCUUCAUUUCAUCUGUCCUCACAACAUUUUGACACGUACGAGGCGGAAAUCUCCCGACUCUUUCGCCGCUACGACUAUGAUCGAAACCGCGCUACCAUCACCAUCAGAAUGCCCAGGGCCCAAGCCCCCAAGAAGAUCUGGAGCCGUCAGCCUGACCUCCAGAUUGGUGAGCGGAACACUCAGUUCCCUGGUUGUGUAGUCGAGGUCGCGUGCUCCCAAUCGAGCGCCGAUCUUGAGCCACUCGCUUACGACUACUUUUCCAAUACCAGCUUCGGGGUUCAGCUAUUCAUCUUUGUUGAUAUCAAAGAGAAUGCACGAAUUUCAGUCUUGCGGGGCAAUGCUGGUGUGGUUACUUGGGGUAUGCAGCAGGUGGAGUUCCAGACUGCCGAUAAACACCCAGCCAACAUCAAUCUGGCUCUUGAGCUCAACGUAAAGGACUUUGUUCUGAGCACAGAAGUAGGCCAGUACCCAGACCUUGCCAUUCGUAUUCCUUUCCAAGAGCUGCACGAAAUGCUGCGUCAGGCACGAAGAGACAGCCUGCUCAAGAAGGGGCGUGGCGGCAACAUCCGCCGGCCAAACAAGUUUGAUGGCGAGAUGGCACUCCCUGCCAACUUCCGAACAACAAAAGAUCCUGUCGCAAAAGGAGACGGGCAGUUCAAUGGCAACUAG